UAACUUUGGUCACACUGCAAAAACAAAAUGGCGACUGUCAUCCAACGUGCUUGAAUCGUCAAAGUUAGAAAUUGUAAUUGCACUUGGCAUUAAAGCUGCCUAGAUUUCGGAAAACCCUAUUCCCUCAAAGCCGUUAAUCGUGCGCACUUGUUAGUGACUAGAAGACCCCAAAAACAUCAAUUAUCGCAGCAAAAUGAGUACAGUCGCCAGCAGCGAUCACCAGGUGGACAAGGACACCGAGGAGCUGCCCAGCACGAGCACCUGGAGUCAGCAGAGGAACUGGGCCAACGCCGCGGAGUUCGUUCCCAGCCACAAACGUGCUACGGCUCGCGAGCAGGACGAUGUGGAGACCACGCCGGCUGCAGUUGGCUGCAGUGCAUCCGCCCAGCGGCCGGCAGGUGUCUCCUGGGCUGACGUAGUGAGAGGUUCUUCAUCUCCGGGCAGUCACGUGCAGCCGUCGUGGAGCUGCUCCAUCGCCAGGUCGCAGGACAAGAGGUGCGGCAUUUGCUUCGAGACGAUCAUGGAGAAGGAGGGAGGCGAUAGGCGUUUCGCCAUCCUGCCCAGCUGCAACCACGUAUUCUGCUUCGAGUGCAUUUGCAGGUGGCGCAGGGCAAGGCAGUUCGACUACGAAGUACGGAAAGCUUGUCCCGAAUGCCGCGCGUGGUCGGACUUUGUGUGUCCCAGUGCCUUUUGGGUGGAGGCCAAGGAGGAGAAGGACCAGCUGCUCAAUGAUCACCGCGCCGCUUUGCGUGCAAAGGACUGCAAGUACUUCGAAAGAGGAGUAGGCCGAUGCCCCUUUGGCAACCAGUGCUUCUAUAAGCACGCUCUGCCCAACGGAGAACACGUCGAUGUGGGAUUGCCGAUACCUACUCCUCCAUGGCAAAGGAUUCGACCUGGAUUUUUCUCUUUUCUCAGAAUGCAUUUUUUGGGCAUUCCUCUCCCGGAUUAUGAUUUCAGUAGCUCCGAGUACUCCGACUACUCGGAUUAUUUUGACGAUGACUAAGCUGCUGACUAAGCUGAAACAGGAGGAAAUGUGAAAAAAGCAUAAAGUCCCAGGAAGACGUAAUUGAUAUUCAAACUAUAAAUCAUAUAUCGAGUUCUUAAUGAAGCGAAGUAUUGUGUGUAGGUACCAAAGUUGGGUUACAUAACAAUUCUUCAUGUGGUAAAUGCCACGGGCUUUGAGACUCUUUCAGUAUUUUUCAUCUGUACAUUUCAUUAAAAUUACAUUUUAGAAAUUGGUGAAUCGGGUUUCUUAUAUUUUUCGUAUGCUUCCAACUACGUCUGAGUAUAUGAAUACUUGCAGACAUUUAAUAUCAUAGAAAUCAAUGUAUUUACCCA